GUUCAUAGUUAACAAUAAGGAAUGUGGAAAAAAAAUAUUUUACAUAUAUAUGUAUAAAUCCACUCAUUGAUUACCGGAUAAUUUGGAAAAGUAUUCCUUCAUUUUCUGUUUGUUUUUAUGCGCAAUAUUACCAACAACAACAACAACCACGUAAUCAAAGCAAUAGCAAAAAUAUUAUUCACCAGGUGGAAAGUUAUAUACUGAAAAGAAAGUAGUUUGUUAGAAAUUAUUUUGUGAACAGUACAAUGGAACGAUACAAGCGUAUCCCUCUACUGGUUAGCUGAAGCACUUUCUAGCUGAUAAUGAUGAUUAACAAAAGUAUAGACGAUUAUCAGGUGCCUUCAAAAUCGUAUUAUUCAUCAACAAUGCUAUAUGAUAAUCUAUCAAAAUAUUUUCUUGUCUGGUAUUUACCGACAGUAAUCACAGUUGGAUUUGUCGGGUCAAUCUUCUGUUUGUUUUUCUUAAUACGCUCGAAAUUAUUUCCAUCUAGUUUACAAAUAUGGCUGAUAAGUAUUUGUAUCGGGGAUUUUUUCAUCUUAAUGACAGAAGGUAUAUGGAUGCUAUUGAAAGUUUGGUUUCGAAUCGACCUUCGAGAUUAUAAUGAUUGGAUAUGUAUCCUGCAUACAAGUUUCUCAAAUUAUUUAUUCUACUGGUCAGCAUAUAUGCAGUGCAUUUUAUCCAUUCAACGUUGUUAUCUUGUUCUAUGGCCACUGAAAGUUAAAUCGAAAUUUUUAUCUUUAUCAAGACUGUUAGUCUAUCAGUUGUUGACCUCAUUAUUUCUAGUAUUACCGAUUCUACCCUAUCCACUUUAUUGGCAGGUUAUAAAAGGUGACUGUGAUCCUGUAAAUGAAAGAAUAUUCCGUUUCACUACAAUAUGUGAUUUAAUACUAUGGGGAUUUGUACCUGUAUUUAUUAUGACAACAUGUACAGGUAUUAUAUGUCGGAAUUUACUAACACGACAUAAAUUUGUCCAUCCAACAAUGCAUACUAACUCCAAGAUGAAUAAUCAUCAACACAAUCAUCAUCAUCAUCCUCCUCAUGCCUACCGGUACACAAUCAGCAGUGCUGGUAAUCUUCACAAACACAGCUACCAGUUACAAUAUCCAAAUCAUCUUCUGAAAUCGGUGAAAUCAUUCGGUCAUUCAAUAAAUCUCUUAGCAAGUCAAGAAUCAGUGUUUAAUCCACUUGAUCAGCCUAUCCACUGUGAUGUAGGUCAUCGUAAAUGUUCUUCACAUGACAGUAAUAUGCGUGUAACACCACUGCUAAUUUGUAUGAAUCUAGUUUAUAUGGCAAGUGUUUGUCCAUUGGUAAUCUAUUUUUUAUGCUUAAAUUUUAUUUUUGAAAAAAUUGACUCUGAUAUGCACAAAUUUCUUUAUUAUUUAUUUCGGAGUUUUUGUCUGCUGAAUACUUGUACAAAUUGGAUAUUUUAUUGUGUAUCUGGUAAAAUGUUUCGUCAGCGUACUAAAUUUCUAAUAAUGUUGCUAUGUCGUUCACAGAAAAAGUCAACUCAUUCAGAUACAAAAGGCUACGUGAUGACAGAGUACACGCGUAAAUUUAGGUGUUCAAAUUCAAAUUCUAAUGUAACACGAAAUACUACAUACUCAACAAAAAGACCUGUUUCUAGCAAAUUGUAAAUGUUUUCAUGGCGAAAUUUUGAUGCAAAAAAUAAAAAACACAACAAAUAUUGUAGGAGAACUCUGUGUUGUAAAUUCACCCGCUGACAGGAUUUAUACAUUCCGUAUUUACAUACAAACAACAAUUUAUAGACAGAAUUCUACUCUAAAAAUGUGUGUGUGUUUCAAAACUUUAGGAACAUUGUGUGAAGAGAAACGUGUUUGGUGAUACCUCAUAUUCAAUCAAAAUCAUUUCUAUUAAUCUACAAUAAUUUGUGAUUUGAAGAGGUUAUAAUAUAUACAUACAUAUAUGAGCAUUAUUUCGUCUUCACAUCACUUUUGUAUGUAUCUAUUAAUGUAUGAAAUAUGCUUAACUUUCUUAGCUUGUAAUAUCACUCAGACUACCUUGCUGAAUAUGAAUAUUUACAAAUGUAUUUUGGCUUUCAAAAUAUUGUAUUUUCUUUUCAACCACCAUAGUGAAACAUUAUUUGGUAAGUGGAG